UCCAGCCUACACCCAACAAACAUCAUCAGUCCACAGCUCUGCACGCAGCAGCAGCUCCUGCCAGCUCCAGGAAGGGGCUGUGAGCAGCACAGUGCAUCCCCUGCCUGCAUGGGCCAAAAACCCAGGAAUCCACUCUGGAGAGCCAGAGCCAAGCCCAGGCCCUGUGCCAGGGGCAGGAGAGGGGGCAGUCCCCGAGCACCACUGCCAGGUGGCUCUGAGCAGACUCUUGUAAUGCCUUGGCAAUGACUGGUGCCAUCCAGAACGUGGAAUUCACACACAAACAACAACUAGGAGCUCCAUUUGAGGGUUAUUCUGGAGUGCUGUCAGGAAACACUCUGUGUUUGCUCAUCCUACCAGCCCAGGUGUAGCAGGUCUGUCCCAUGUACACACAAACCCAGAAAUGUGUCUGCCUUGAGAGGCAGGGUCAGGUUUCCUUUCCCAGCUUAGGAGCAGAUGGUGUGCUUUCUCACGCAGAGCAAAGGGAAGAGACAAAAGCUACAGCAAAUGUGACUAACUCAGGCGACACUGGAAAUGAGGAAGGAAACCACACACCAACAGAAAAAGGUCUCAUCUUUCUACACAUUUCCCCGCUGUUAACACUUUGCUCGAGGCUUCUGCUGGCAGAGGAGCAGCGGAUGAGAAGGGGACAGCCACAGAGGGCUCUGUGACAGCUGCUGCAGGUUUGUCCAGUCUGUUUCCAGUGAUGGGAGACCCUGCAAACACGAGCUCUGUGGGUAACAGCAGUGGGGCACCCUCCUCUGCCCAGUGCCACCGCGACACCACCGUCACCCACGUGCUCUUCCCAGUGCUCUACACCCUCAUCUUCCUCCUGGGACUCGUGCUCAACAGCCUGGCUUGCUGGGCCUUCUUCCACAUUCCCAGCACAUCAACCUUCAUUGUCUACUUGAAAAAUAUCUUGGUUUCUGAUUUUCUAAUGACGCUGAUGCUUCCCCUGAAGAUCCUGACGGACUCUGGCCUGGCACCGUGGCAGCUCAAGGCCUUUGUCUGUCGCUUCUCAGCCGUGAUAUUCUACGACACCAUGUACAUCAGCAUAGUGCUGCUGGGGCUCAUUGCUCUCGACAGGUUUCUCAAGAUUGUGAGACCUUUUGGGAAGUUCUGGGUGCAAAAUCUGACCUCAGCAAAGAUCCUGGCAGCUCUGGUCUGGCUCUUCUUCCUUGUUCUCUCCCUGCCCAACAUGGUCUUGUCCAACAAGACAGCGACGCCCCAGUCCGUGAGGAAGUGUGCCUCCUUGAAGAGUCACCUCGGGCUCAAAUGGCACGAAGCCGUCAACUAUGUCUGCCAGUUCAUCUUCUGGACCGUCCUCAUCCUCAUGCUGCUGUUUUAUAUCAUUAUUGCCAAAAAGGUGUACGAGUCUUACAUAAAAACACAGAAGAAAGGCAACAGAAGCGAAAAACGGAUCAAGGGGAAAGUAUUCAUCAUUUUUACCGUGUUCUUCCUGUGCUUUGCCCCCUUCCACUUCAGCAGGGUGCCCUACACUGUGAGCCAAACCAGUGCCCACAUGGACUGCCGCCUGCAGAACCAGCUCUUCGUGGCCAAAGAGAGCACCCUGUGGCUGGCAGCCACCAACGUCUGCAUGGACCCCCUCAUCUACCUGUUCCUCUGCAAGCCCUUUGUGGAGAAGGUCUUCUGCAGGAGGGUGAAGGCUCUGCAGAGAACAGUCCAGACAAACCCAAAAACAGAACUGGACACACGAGUAUCUCCUACUGAGUCUUGAUUCUGCAGCUGCACCCUCUGCUCUGCAUGUUCGUAAAGAACUUGAAAAAUAGUUUGGUUUACUGCUGCUGAAGAACACAAAAGGGUGUUCGCCAAGUAAUAUUAACACUCAAUAAAUGCAGCAAAAUGGAUUUUCUAAGAACACUCACUGCAUAGCCUUAAUGGCCAAAAGGCUCUUGUUCAAACUGCCUAAGACAAUCCACAGGUCAAUUCUAUCUGCUUUAAACUAGAACAACUCACUUGCUAACACCUGAGCAGCUCACUGACUCUGGCUGCUCCGAAGGGCAAUUCAGCUUUAUUUGGGAGUAAACCCCAGAGCUGGUGAGUGUGCAUGUCAGUGAUUCCUACCCUGAGUGCCAGCUUGGCUGCACACCAAGAGUAGGGAAGAGGAGGAACAGCGGGAAGGACUCGGUCCCUUCCCGUCCCUCCUCGGCUCUCUCACACAUGUCAUUGCUUUCCUGCCACCCAGGCUGCUCACCACCCUUCCUCUGCUCCCCAGCACCCUGCUGGAGGGCAGUGCUGGCAGCGCCCCGGCUGCCCAGGACAUGCUCCUUGCCUGGGUGAGCAGAGCAGCCAGGCCUGCCUCCCCCACCCCAGAGCCAGGCCAGCUCAGCCCCUCCCUCCCCUCACCAGGAAGGAACUCCCAGAGAUGUCCCCCUCGGUGGCACCUUCACCUUCCCAGUCCCAACAGCAGGCCAGGAGCAGGGGACACUGCCUGAGCCUCCCCAUCCAGAGAAUCCCUCUCCACCAGACCACUCACACAGCUCUCCCCUGGCUGUCCCACAGGGACUGUGCCUGCUUUCCAACCCCAGAUUCUGGAAUUGAUGUCACUGUUUCAAGACAGCAGUGUCCCUUAUCCCAAACCAUCCUUCUCCUCCAGCUCUCCUGCCAGCUUACCCUCUCUCACACGUGCCAGGCGCUUUGAUCACCACUUGACUGCUAUUUUUAGAAAUUCAUUGUUUACAGCAGCCUAAUCCAAUCCAGCAGGUUGCUCCAUACAGCUUGAUUUCCUCAAAGCUGCCUUAGAUUGCUGUACAUUAAUUAUAUCUGCCUCUGGGGUUCCCAGCCUCUGCUACACAGGGAGAUGUAUGUCUUAUUUAGCAACUUCACCCACUACAUCUUCUGCACCAGGCAUGUUACAUACCUUGCACAGCUGUAACACCUUCCUAACUGGAAACUGAACUAAUCUCCAAUGAGCUUUCAAUUGAUUCUGAAUUCCCCAAUAAAUCAGUGUUAUCUCAGCCGUUGUCUACCUCUUGCAUUAAAUGCUGUUGCAUUAAAGGCUCUCCCCACACACAUACACUGUUAGCAGGAUUAACUUUGCUCCUUUAGGAAAAGUAAAUAUAAUAAAUUCUUAGCCGCUGAAAUAGUCAGCCCUUCAGUAACUGCUUAGAGGAACAUACAGCAGGCUGGAAAUGUUCCUCUCAACCUGCUGACACAGCCUGGCAAUUAACAGGGGCCUGGGCAGGAGAGGGUCUGCACACCAGCUGUGGCUUCCACAAAUACAGCUAACACAGGUCCCAGGGACUCCCAGCACUCACUGCAUCCAGCUCUGGAUCUGCAGUGUGGCAGUGAGAAACAAGAAGAUGAAGAACAGAGAUUUAUUUACUUUGACUUCUGCUUGUGAUUGAGGCUCAUCCAGUGCACACACACUGGCAGCUCACACAGCUCAGUGCUGAGAGCCUG